UAAUUUUGCACGAUAUUUUCAGUAGCCCUAACUCUCACAUUUUCUCUUCUCUUCUUCCAUCGAAUCCACCAUCACCACCACUUUAUCCACAUCGCCGUCGCGGUUCUGUUCUUCGUCCAUUAGCGCCGCCGUCUAAUCCUCCAUUAACCGCCAGUUUUGUCUCAAAAUUGUCCGCGUCAAAUUCACCUAUUUUUCAUAUUCCUAAUUUUCAGAAAUUCAUCUUAUUGUGUAGAGUUUGCUAAAUUGGAUGCACAUAACAUAAGAAGAGAUGCCACCAAAGCAAGCAAAAGCCGAUUUGGCCAAGAAGCAGAAGGUCGUAGAAGACAAGACCUUCGGUCUCAAGAACAAAAAUAAGAGCAAAAAUGUCCAAAAAUAUGUUCAGAGUCUCAAACAGUCCGUUCAGCCCAAACCCGACGCCUCUAAGGUCACCGCUAAGAAAAAGAAAGAGGAAGAGUUGGCUAGAGAGAAGGAGCUCAGUGAUUUGUUCAAGGUUGCUGUUAGCCAGCCCAAAGUUCCUCCUGGUGUUGAUCCCAAGUCUAUAUUAUGCGAGUUUUUCAAACAUGGACAAUGUGCUAAAGGUUUCAAAUGCAAGUUCUCUCAUGAUUUAAAUAUCCAGAGGAAAGGAGAAAAGAUUGAUAUUUACAGCGACAAGCGUGAUGAUGAUACUAUGGAGGAUUGGGAUCAAGAGACCUUGGAAAAGGUUGUGGAGUCGAAGAAAACAGAGUAUAAUCAGAACAAACCCACUGAAAUUGUAUGCAAAUUUUUUUUGGAAGCUGUGGAGAAGAAACAAUAUGGUUGGUUUUGGGUCUGCCCAAAUGGCAGUAAAGAAUGUCAUUAUCGGCAUGCUCUUCCUCCAGGAUAUAUAUUAAAAUCUCAGAUGAAGGCCUUGUUGGAGGAGGAGGCUAAUAAGAUACCUAUCGAGGAGGAGAUCGAAAAUCAGCGUGCUAAAUUAACAACUUCCACGCCAAUGAAUCCUGAGUUGUUUAUGCAAUGGAAGACAAGAAAGAUAGAAGAGAGAGAGGCUGGUUUGGCUGCACAGAGAGCAGAGAGGGCUAAGAAUGACCGUAUGAGUGGCCGUGAGCUAUUUCUAUCAGAUGCUAGCAUAUUUGUGGAUGAUGCUGAGGCAUACGAGGAAUAUCAAAGAGAGGAACAAUCAGAUGCUCCUCAAGAAAAGGCCAAUGUUAGUUCUUCUGUUGGUGGACCGAGUACAUCAGCUACAUCUGAUGGCAAUGCAGCAGAUCCUCAUGGUAACGGCGACGAUGACGAAGAUGAAGAUGAUGAAUUGGACUUGGAUGAGCUAAAUGAACUGGAAGCAAGUUUAGCAAAAACAUCAAUACAAAUUCAAGAGCCUGGCAGUGACAAAUAAAGUUUCAGUGCAGAGUCUGCGGUCUCCAUGCCUUUUAAAGUGCUGACUUCAUGAUUCUGCUGCGGAAUGAUACAUGUGACCACUUAGGCUGUUGAUGGGGUUUUGCAAGAUCUUGGGGUACUUAUGAGCCUUCUCUUUUGUCUUUCCGUUUCAGUCAUACUUGUUCACUAGAUACCACCUAUUUAUGAGAUCUUUGAGUAUGAAUAAGUUUGUGUCCCUUGGAUUUUUCAAUUUUGUGCCUAGUUGCGGUGCACGGUCUACCCAGGUCAAAACUUCUCAGUGAAAAUGUAGGCGGAUAUAUUAUGGAGCACUGAAGUACAUGAUGAGGCAGUAGACAUUUUUGUCACUUAGGUUAUGGAGUCUGUUUAUUUAUGAAUUUCUUGCACAACUUAAAUUUGAAAGAACGCCCAUAGCAUAGCUGUGUUUUAAUGCUCAGUUAAGCUCAAAUUUCCAACA